AUGUUGAAGGCUGUGCUGAAGAAGAGCCGAGAGGGAGGAAAGGGAAGCAAGAAGGAAGCAGGAGGUGAUGUUGGUCCUGAGUCCUCUGCAGUCCUGCCCCCUGGUCAUGGGGGUGAGUCUCCUGUGAGCAGUCUUCCUGUAGCAGAGGACACCUAUAGAGUGAGCUUGGCUAAAGGUGUCUCCAUGUCUCUGCCUUCGUCACCCUUGCUGCCUCGACAGUCUCACUUGGUACAAUCAAGAUCAAACAAAAAAUCCCCAGAAGCAAAGGCCGAUAAUGAACCGAGCUGUUCACCGGCAGCUCAAGAACUGUUGACAAGGCUGGGAUUUUUACUGGGAGAAGGGAUCCCAAGUGCCACACACAUAACCAUUGAAGACAAAAAUGAAACCAUGUGCACAGCUCUGAGCCAAGGCAUCAGUCCUUGCUCCACACUAACAAGCAGCACCGCCUCUCCUAGCACCGAUAGUCCCUGCUCAACCUUGAAUAGCUGUGUCAGCAAGACGGCAGCCAACAAAAGUCCCUGUGAGACCAUUAGCAGCCCUAGUUCCACCCUGGAAAGCAAGGACAGUGGAAUUAUAGCCACAAUUACAAGUUCAUCCGAAAAUGAUGACCGGAGUGGCUCCAGUUUGGAAUGGAAUAAAGACCGAAGCCUAAGGUUAGGGGUUCAGAAAGGAGUGCUGCAUGAUCGCAGGGCAGAUAACUGCUCCCCUGUGGCAGAAGAGGAGACCACUGGGGCAGCGGAGAGCGUGCUGCCCAAAGCGGAAUCCUCAGCUGGAGAUGGUCCAGUCCCUUACUCUCAGAGCUCCAGCUCGCUAAUAAUGCCACGGCCCAACUCAGUUGCAGCGACAAGCUCAACCAAAUUGGAAGAUCUGAGUUAUUUAGAUGGGCAGAGAAAUGCUCCUCUACGAACGUCAAUUAGAUUACCGUGGCACAAUACGGCUGGAGGUAGGGCACAGGAAGUUAAAGCACGAUUUGCUCCCUAUAAGCCGCAAGACAUUUUGUUGAAACCCCUAUUAUUUGAAGUACCAAGCAUAACAACAGACUCUGUGUUUGUGGGAAGGGACUGGCUCUUUCACCAGAUAGAAGAACACUUGAGGAACACAGAACUGGCAGAAAAUCGAGGAGCGGUUGUUGUUGGAAGUGUGGGAUUUGGGAAGACGGCAAUCAUUUCCAAGUUGGUGGCACUUAGCUGCCACGGAAGCCGUAUGAGGCAGAUUGCUUCCAACAGUCCUGGCCCAUCACCCAGAACUUCAGAUCCAGCCCAGGACCUUCCUUUCACCCCUUUGCUUUCACCGAGUUCUACAAGUGGCCCCAAUGCGGCUAAAAUGCCUGCUGGGGCUGGGUCUGGUACUCCUGAAAACCCGAGACCAAGAGAGGAUGCGGCGAAAUACCUUGCUUCUAAGGUGGUGGCCUACCACUACUGCCAGGCCGAUAAUACCUACACGUGCCUGGUGCCCGAGUUCGUGCACAGCAUCGCGGCUCUGCUCUGCCGGUCCCAUCAGCUGGCCGCCUACAGAGACCUUCUCAUCAAGGAGCCACAGCUGCAGAGCAUGCUGAGCCUCAGGUCCUGUGUGCAGGACCCAGUGGCAGCUUUCAAGAGGGGAGUGCUGGAGCCACUCACCAACCUGAGAAACGAGCAGAAAAUUCCUGAAGAAGAAUACAUUAUUUUGAUAGAUGGCUUAAAUGAAGCUGAGUUUCAUAAACCCGAUUAUGGAGAUACGCUUUCUUCAUUUAUUACCAAAAUUAUUUCUAAAUUUCCUGCCUGGUUGAAGUUGAUUGUGACUGUAAGAGCAAAUUUUCAGGAAAUUAUAAGCGCUCUGCCAUUUGUCAAGCUUUCCUUAGAUGACUUUCCAGACAACAAAGACAUUCACAGCGACCUGCACUCCUAUGUCCAGCACAGGGUCCACAGCAGCCAGGACAUCCUCGGCAACAUCUCCCUGAAUGGCAAGGCCGACGCUGCCCUCAUUGGGAAAGUGAGCAGCCACCUGGUGCUGCGGAGUCUCGGCUCCUACCUGUACCUCAAGCUCACCCUGGACCUCUUCCAGAGGGGACACUUGGUCAUCAAAAGCGCCAGCUAUAAGGUGGUGCCCGUGUCUCUGUCUGAGCUCUACCUGCUGCAGUGCAACAUGAAGUUCAUGACCCAGUCCGCCUUUGAGAGAGCACUUCCAAUCCUAAACGUGGCCCUCGCCUCCCUCCACCCCAUGACGGACGAGCAGAUUUUUCAGGCGAUUAAUGCCGGCCACAUCCAAGGGGAGCAGGGAUGGGAAGACUUCCAGCAGAGGAUGGAGGCCCUCUCCUGCUUCCUCAUUAAGAGGCGAGACAAAACCCGCAUGUUCUGCCACCCAUCCUUCAGGGAGUGGCUCGUCUGGAGAGCAGAUGGUGAGAACACAGCCUUCCUGUGUGAGCCCAGGAAUGGACACGCGCUCCUGGCAUUCAUGUUCUCUCGACAGGAGGGCAAGCUGAACCGCCAGCAGACCAUGGAGCUGGGCCAUCACAUCCUGAAGGCACACAUUUUCAAGGGCCUCAGUAAGAAGACAGGGAUCUCUUCAAGCCAUCUGCAAGCCCUGUGGAUUGGUUACAGCACCGAGGGCCUGUCUGCCGCCCUCGCCUCUCUCAGGAACCUCUAUACUCCCAACGUGAAGGUGAGCCGUCUCCUGAUUUUGGGAGGGGCCAACGUGAACUACAGGACAGAAGUGUUAAAUAAUGCCCCAAUCCUAUGUGUCCAGUCUCACCUGGGCCAUGAGGAAGUCGUCACUCUGCUCCUGGAAUUCGGCGCCUGCCUGGAUGGAAUGUCAGAGAACGGCAUGACUGCCCUGUGCUACGCGGCAGCUGCCGGCCACAUGAAGCUGGUGUGUCUGCUGGUCAAGAAGGGGGCAAGGAUGGACCACUUGGAUAAGAAAGGCCAGUGUGCACUCGUCCACAGUGCACUGCGGGGCCAUGGCGACGUUCUCCGGUACCUCCUGAACUGUGAGUGGUCAGCAGGCCCUCCCCAGCCAGGUGCACCAACGAAGAGCCAAGCCCUGCAGCAGGCACUGACGGCAGCCGCCAGCAUGGGCCACAGCUCGGUGGUCCAGUGCUUGCUGGGAAUGGAAAAGGAACAUGAAAUAGAAGUCAAUGGCACCGACACAUUGUGGGGAGAAACAGACCCUCCACUUUCCAAGUCUGUGUUUGUGAAGGGAGAUGGGGCUUUACAUGAAUGCAUGCUGCAGUGUCCAGAAUGUGAGGUCUAUGUUCAGGAUUUGGUCCUGUGGGGCCCAUGGUACCUGCCCCCAAGUGUGGGAAUGACAGCAGAUGAGGCAUGUGGCAGCCUUCUGGAGCACCCACUGGCUGUGGCCUGCAGAGGGCUGAAGGCCUUGCUAAUGAUCGUUCCUUCUUCUGGUCAAUUACAUCCAGAGGAGAAGGAAGAGGAGGAGUUUCCUAAGUGGAGGAAAGUUGCAAAGGAGCAGCAGGUCCAGAGGGGUCUGAGGAGGGGAGAAGGUGCCACCAGAGGAGGUCACAGAUCAGGAGCUUCUCCCCAGGCCUUAUCAUGGGCACUAAAGGGAGCAGGCAUCUGCUGGCUGUCCCAAGAGGGGUCUGAGGAGGACAGGAGUGAAGCUCAGCCCGCAGGCCCCUGCAUCAGAUGCGGAGCUGGGCGAGUGGCGGUGCCCCUGCCACCAGCUGCUCCCCAGGCCUCUGCUCUCCCGCUGCAGGUGCUGUACCUGGUCGAGAAGGGAGCUGUGAUUGAGCACGUGGACCACAGCGGGAUGCGUCCCCUGGACAGAGCCAUUGGAUGUCGAAACACAUCUGUGGUGGUUACACUGCUCCGAAAAGGAGCCAAAUUAGGAAAUGCUGCUUGGGCAAUGGCCACUUCCAAACCUGAUAUUUUGAUUAUACUUUUGCAGAAAUUAAUGGAGGAAGGAAAUGUGAUGUACAAAAAAGGGAAGAUGAAAGAGGCAGCCCAGAGGUACCAGUAUGCCUUAAGGAAGUUUCCUCGAGAAGGAUUUGGAGAGGACAUGAGACCAUUCAGUGAACUAAGAGUUUCCCUCUAUCUCAAUUUGUCUCGAUGCCGAAGAAAAACAAAUGACUUUGGCAUGGCAGAAGAAUUUGCUUCCAAGGCUCUCGAAUUGAAACCCAAGUCCUAUGAAGCCUUUUAUGCCAGGGCAAGAGCAAAGAGGAAUAGCAGGCAGUUUGUGGCAGCUCUGGCUGACUUGCAGGAGGCUGUGAAGCUCUGUCCCACCAAUCAGGAAAUCAGGAGGCUUCUUGCCCGCGUGGAAGAGGAAUGCAAGCAGCUCCAGAGGAGCCAACAGCAAAAGCAGCAGUGCCCGCCACCAGCUCCACCCAACGACUCGGAUAAUGAGGAGGACGCCCUGAGCCCUGCAUUAAACGACCACUUUCAUCUUGAUGAGGCUGAAGAGGAAGAAACUUCUCCACAGGAAGAAUCCGUUUCCCCGACUCCCAGGUCCCAGCCAUCCUCCUCUGUCCCUUCCCUGUACAUCCGAAACCUUCAAGAAGGGCUGCAGUCCAAAGGGAGGCCGGCAUCGCCACAGAGUAAGGCAGGAAUCAGCAAGCCCCUGAGGGAGCCUGUAGCUCAGCCGGGGCUGCUCAUGCAGCCCACCAAGCAGGCACAGAUAGUGAAAACCAGCCAACAUCUGGGUUCCGGACAGUCUGGCGUGAGAAACAGUAGCACAAAAAUUCAGGUCUCUUCUCAGAAUCCUCCCCCAAGUCCCAUGCCAGGCAGAAUUCCUAUAGUUACUGCUGGGAGCAGAAACCAGCACUUAGAGGGGGCAGGUACUUUCACUCUAGGAGCCGGUUGUGGCCAUUCUGGGGAUCGGCUGGGCCCCAGCCACAGUGCCCACCUGCAGCACAGUGAGGGUGGCACUGCAUAUCCCCUACCAAGCAAGAUAAAAACUGCAGAGCGGCUUUUGUCUCACGCCUCUGUGGCUCUGGACGUGGCCCCUCCAAACCAAGGCGGGCCGGUGAGCUGCAGUGAUGUGCGACACCCAGCUUCCCUCACCAGCUCAGGCUCUUCUGAUUCUCCAUCUAGCAGCAUAAAGAUGUCAAGUUCAACCAGUAGUUUGACUUCAAGCAGCAGUUUUUCAGAUGGCUUCAAGGUCCAGGGACCAGAUGCUCGAAUCAAGGACAAGGCUGUGAGCCAGGUUCAGAGCGGUACAGCUGAGCACAGGCCACGCAAUACUCCAUUCAUGGGCAUCAUGGACAAGACCGCAAGGUUCCAACAGCAGGGCAAUCCUCCCAGCCGCACCUGGCACUGCCAGGUGGCAGAGGGGCUACUGACAAACACAUCUGCAGCUGGCCUGCAGUCCUCUAACUCUGAGAAGCCUUCUCUCAAACCAGUGGGAGGGUAUAACAACCAAGCCAAAACCUGUUCUGUUUCUACCCUGAGUGGAAGUAUCCACAAUGGGGCACAGGUAAAGGAGCUAGAAGAAAGCAAGUGCCAAAUUCCAGUCCACUGUCAAGAGAACAGGGUAACUAAGACUGUUUCUCAUCUCUAUCAGGAAAGCAUCUCUAAACAGCAGCCUCAUAUCAGUAAUGAAGCCCACAGGAGCCACCUCACUUCAGCAAAGCCAAAGCGAUCCUUUAUAGAAUCAAAUGUGUAAGCCUUCAGAGAGAGCCAUGGGUAGAAUUUGGAAAACAGUAUGUUGGCUCCUGGUUAUAAGUAGUUGUUUUUUUCCAUCAGAAAAAUUACUUUUUAGCCAUUUUUUUUUCUUUCCUCUGGGGGGGUGGAUCCAUACCAUUGAUAUAUUAAAAAUGUGGGACAAAAACUUCCUUAAUAAUAGCUAAAUAGCUAAAAGUCACUGUAAGUAAGAAUGCUAAACAGAAUUGAAAACAAUAAGCUAUACCUAUCAAGUGAAACAUUCAAGACAGCCAAGAAGACGUUAACUCAUGCUUUUCUCUUAUGGAAUUAUUUGGUUUUUAUGACUUUUCUCCUAGCCUUUGCUAUGUGGUGAAAUCACAGUAUUUACUUAGAGAAUAUGUCUAUUAUUAAAGAGUGAUAGGCUUAACUUUGGCAUAAUAUCCAAAUGAUACAUUCUGGAAAAGAUGGAAUUGUCGAGUUAUAGCUCCAUUGAGUCAAAUCCUAAUUUUAUAUAUAUAU